AUGGCGUCCUACAUCGAUACCCCCCUCGCCGAGCCGACCCAGGCCCCCGCGGCCGAAAUCAUCAGCGAGGUCAAGAAGCCCAAGAAGAAGAAGGUGCUGCUCAUGGGGAAGUCGGGCUCUGGAAAGUCCAGCAUGCGUAGUAUCAUCUUUAGCAACUACAUUGCCCGCGAUACCCGCCGCCUCGGCGCAACCAUCGACAUCGACCUCUCCCACGUCAAGUUCCUCGGGAAUCUCACUCUCAACCUGUGGGACUGCGGCGGCCAGGAGGCUUUUAUGGAAAACUACCUGUCGCAGCAGCGCGUCCACGUCUUCUCUAACGUCGGUGUCCUCAUCUACGUCUUCGAUAUAGAGUCGCGCGACGUCGACCGCGACCUCGCGACCUACGUCUCCAUCCUCUCCGCCCUCCUGCAGUUCUCCCCUUCCGCCAAGAUCUACAUCCUCAUCCACAAGAUGGAUCUCGUUGUCCCCACCGCCCGCGAGUCCGUUUACGACGAGCGCAUCCGCCUCGUCCGCCAGAAGACGUUCGAGUACGCAAACUCGGUCGGCAUCGCCCCCGCUUCUGUCGAGCUCACCCCCUUCGCUACGUCUAUUUGGGAUCAGAGCCUCUACAAGGCCUGGGCCUCCAUCAUCCACGAUCUGGUCCCCAACCUUGCCGCCAUCGAACGCAACCUCGCAAACCUAGGUCUUGCCAUCGAGGCCGAGGAGCUAUUACUUUUCGAGCGCACAUCUUUCCUCGCCGUCUCCUCCUGGACCUCCGCCGAGGGCAACCGGAACCCCACCGAGGACCGCCUUGAGCGCAUGUCCAACAUCAUGAAGCACUUCAAGCAAAGCAUUUCCCGCUUCACCGGUACACCCCGUAAUGCGGAGCAGUUUAUCCGCAUGGAGCACAAGGCAGGCAUGCGCUUCAGCCUCUUUAUUCUCAAGUUUACCACAAACACCUACCUCAUGGUCGUCCUGCCCCCAGGCGAGGCUCGCUUCAACGCUGCUAUGCUCAACUGUCAGAUCGCCAUUGAGCACUUCAAAUUCCUCGACGGGCCCGUCACGCAAGUGGCCGCGGCCACAGCAUCAAACUAA